UCAUGUCUAAGAUAUUUACAUUUUCUAAUGUAAACUCUAUAAAGGAUACUAAUUCCAUUUGUUCAAAAAGGAAUUUCUAAGUUUUUCAGAAGUACAUCGAAAACAAGUUGAAGAAAUCCACUAAUUUAGAUUAAUCUAAAUCAAGCUAUAUAGAUUAGAGAUUGGAUUCAUGCAAAUCUAAUAAGGAAUAUCUUUAAAGGAAAAGUCAACCUAGCUUAAAAAGAUUUGAUUUGAGAUCUCAUCGGUUAACUUAAUCUGAGAAAUCUUUGACUUCUAUUUUGAUAAAUAAAUAAAGAGAAACAAAUAAUAUUAAGGGAUCAAAUAGUAGACCCUCAUCAAUUCAUAAGAAGGUUAGCUUUUAGAAUCUUGUACUUGUAAUAGACACAGAUGUAGGAAUAAAAAAGAGAGAAAAAUUAAUUGAGAAAGAAUCAAAAUUAAGAAAUGGAUAUUUUUUCAAUUCAAAUCAGAUUAGAGUAUAAAUGAUGCUUUGA